AUGAUAAUUGCACCAACGGAACUGAAUGCCGCCAGCUCUUUGACAUCGUGUGGGGCUGCUUUACGACGCUCUUCCUCGUGCUAUGGCUAUCCAUGCACCCGAAUGUCCCUCCUCCGCGUCCAGCGCCACCUGCCAAAGACGCUGGGCUGUACCAGCGCGAGGGAGUUGGCUCGGGGGUACAAUUUAUCCCUGACGCACGGCUUCUUCAUCGGCAUGGGCGGAUUUGUCGACGCCGACGGCCAUCCCAUCGUCACUCGGGCACAACUCAGCAUGGGCCAUCAGACGCCCAGCAUCGACGAGCAGAUCCACGCCGUCGACAAAGCGGCGAUCGAGGACAAGAGCAAACGCAGCGGCGUCCUCGCGGCGAUCGUGCUGUGCCAGGCCGCGUGGUUCAUCGUGCAGUGCAUGGCGCGCCACGUGCGCCGUCUACCGCUGGCGCCGCUUGAGCUGCUGACGCUCGCCUUCGUCACGAUGCACCUGCUCAACUCGACGUUAACUCAAGGAGGAUUGUACAGUAUUAUGAAUGUAAUGUGUUUGUAA